CGCUGCAAUGCCACAGCCGCCGCGCCGUCGUGUGGUGCCGCCGCCGAAGUCGAAGUGCCGAACAGCAGUACAGUGCUGUUAGUGGUCGGCGGCGAACAUAGCUGCGGUCGCGUCCAAAACCGGAUGCCGGAACGAUCAGAAAAAAAAAAAAAACUACAGUUGUCAGUAGUUGUUCUUCUUCCGUGGGUCGCUGGAGUCAUUGCGUCCGCGCCGUUGCGGUCAGUCGCUCACCCGAUUUUUCCGCCCGACCCCGUGAGAACGUGUCGACGAGAUACCACAUUAAUCCCGCGACGCAUUGUCGACGAUUUCCUCCCGUGUACGGGGUUCACCCGGACUCCUAACGGGCGCGGUUCGGUUGUUCGCGAUCGGCAGUACCACCUCGGCCCGGGGGCCGUCGCCGGAAUGUGCCGCACCGAGUGAAAUAUUUCCGUGUUGUGCGAUUAUGUUGUGUAAACCAUAUAACGCGCGUGCAGUUCACGUAGACGUAAAGCGAACACUUACGACGGAUUAAUAUCGUGAAAAUACUAAUACCAUAUAAUAUUGUCUAUCGUUCGUACGCGUUAGUGUGUGGAUAUGGCUGAAAACAUUGCGUUCAGUGACUGGUCGGAAAAGCUUGACACUGCUGGAACUAAUCAUUGGCUUCCUGCGUAUGGGCUCCAGCAACCGUCAGUGGCGUUGGUUGGCAAUAGCCACCAACAAAACGAUCCCACAUUCGAUUCUAGCCCUCAUGACACUGACUAUUUCGACGACAACAAUGAAGACGAUCUUUGCGAUAACGGUGACGAAGAUAACUGGUCAUCGUUCAACCAAAGCAGUUAUGGUGGAAACAUUGUAAGCAGUACAUCUUAUAUUUUUCUAGAAACAAUUCUUGAAGAAACUUCUGAUGAUUUGCGGACGGAUUCGGAAAGAAGUAGUGAAGAAGAUUUUAUAAAAGAAGAAAACUGGUCUGUGAUAAACCGUGGUGAUCCGUUUAACUUGUUCAACUCAAGCAACAAUAACAAACAGGCGACCAUCAGGAUGUAUGACAAUAACGAUCCUGGCGUGCACGACGACGACGACCACGACACGGUAUUGUUCUACAGGGACAACCUACAGGAUCACCAUUUGUGGACGACUGGUGCCGGCGGGGGACCGCUGACCAACGGUUACGGGGGUGGUAGCCUGUUGCAGUUCGAGAGCUUGGAGAAACAAUGCGAACAGACCGUGUUCCGGACAACAGCCACCGCGACGCCGUUCAUGACCAACAGCGCAGAGUCUCUGAGCGCCGGCCAACGUCCGGCGGGCUUGCCGCGCCGGAACAACUGGAAACAACCCGCGACGGAUGACGACUGUGGCACCACCAUGGACGACGACGAAGCCGUGUUGUGCAGCACGCCGUUCUCGAGUUACGCGGGUGACGGGUCCAGCGUCAAGUCACUGAGCAAGAGCAUGGAGAGCGUGCACUCGACAGCGAGCCGGAAACGAUCCAACAACAACUGCAUAGACGGCGUGAACGAUGUGUCGCAGAGUCUGGAUGAGUUGCGUCUGUGCGGCAGAGUCGACGGGCAACAAGACUCGGCGGCGGCGGCGGCCGUCGGGGCAACAUGCGCUGUGGCGCAACCGGCCACCGGUAUGUACAAAACGGUCGACUGUCUCAUCGACCCCGCGUAUUGCGAGAAAAUGGACGACGACGACGAAGACGAAACGGACGGUAAAAAAACGGAAGACGUCAUACAGGGGGUAGGAUGUAAGCAGCAACAGCAGCAACGAUCGUCCGAGAACCUGAGCGAAGAUAGUGGUUUCGGAGAUCAGGUGCCCCGCGGUCCUGCCACACAACAAACGUACAAACCCAUCGCCGAGGACGAGAACUAUUUUGAGAUGUCAACGAAGAGCAUCGCGACGAUCGCCGCCGCCGUCGUUUCUGCCACGGCCGCGCAGUGCUCUGUCUCCGCCAAAGGGAAGGGGACGGACGACGGCGACGACGACGACGACGACGAGAUGAAAUCUAAAUUUAGCGCAGCCUGGCACAGCUAUCCCGAUCUGGGCGAACGGCCGUCAGUGACCGCGGAAUCUCCUACGACCGACGACGACAACCGCCGGCAUCACCACCUCCACCAUCAUCACCACCGCGACGGUACCGCGAUGGCGUCCCGUUUGCCAAUGUCAAGCACGCCCAACCUGUGCGCCGACGGUUUGCUGGCGCACGCCGACGGUGACUAUUUGCGCUCCAAAAAGCUGCUAGAUUCCACUGUAUCGUUGGACAGAUCGCACUCGCUAAAGCGCAUACACUACGAGAGCGAGUCAGCUCUGAGUGCGGCCUCUUCGCGUGGUAGCAAUCUACUGAUAACCACCAGUUUCGUGAACCUGGCCACCGCGCCGACGCCUAACAAGGGCGUGCACUUUUGUCCGGUCGUGUCCGAAGUGAACUGGCGUGAGAGCUUCAGCAGCAGCAGCUGCACUGACGUCGGUGGCGGCGAAGACGAGAACGGGUCGGAUGAACCCCCGGAAACGGAAGACGACGAAGACUAUGACCGGAUUAGUGACGAAGCCGACGAAAACAUUGACACGAUGGUAAUGAAACUGUUGACCGGUUUGCCAUCGGAAACCAGGCGUCCGAGUGUGGCGGAAAAACAACAGCUGCGCGAACGGCUGGACUUCAUCACGGGCGGCUCCCCACCAAUGUCGCAUAGGAUAGUUGCCGCGCCCACUAAAAAUAACACCGCGGCCACCGGUUCCAACAGUCACAGUCGCAGUGUUCAACCGCGACCGAUCGAAGUCGAUGCGCCCGCGGUGGUCGCCAUGUCAGCUAAACCGAAAACGAUCGGCGACAAGCUCGGUGGAUUUUUCCAGCGGUUCUCGUUGCGCAGACUUAGCGGCCGGCGAAACAAGGACAAGAAGAAACAAAAAGUGGAAGAAUGCAACGCAGCGGUGACGGCACAGCCGAGUAAUAAUAAUUGUAGGCCUGACACACCACCACCCCCGCCACCCGUCUCGGGACGACCGUCUACUGCCGCCGCCGUAUCCGAUAGGGGUAAAAAACCGCCGUUACCCCCGCAACCCCCGUCAGCAGAUGGGUACACAACGCGCCGGCGCCUCAUGUACGAUGAAAAUCGCGGUAGCCGACUGCCGCCACCACCGGCACUGCCGACGGCCGGCAGUCGCGCGUCUCUGCAAUCGCGGUCGCCCGCCGCCGCCGUUGCCAUGUCCCGUCCGGAUCACCGGGCCGGUCUGCUCGAGACCGAUUUGGACUCGAACGUGACCAGGACAUCUUCGUCAUCGCUCAUGAUGGGCGGCGGUGGUUGCAGCCCUAACAAAAAGGCUCGUAGUCUGCUCGACCUGGGCGCUUCGUCGGCAAAAUUGUCUCUGGCCCCCAACGACUCGAACAGAUCGUCCGCCGACGGGUCUCCAUCAAACGCAACCGAUUACAGGGCUAAGUCCAUGGAAUUUCUAUUGGACAAGGAAAAUCAAGCUGCUGUUCAGGCUCCAGAAAACGAACUUCGUAAGGUAAAUGUAAACAGUGGAGAACGGAUACUCUCUGAACAUGAGUUGCGCAUUCAGCGUUCUUUGCAAAGACUUAAUCUCCCUGAAUGGUACAAGACGUGCAAUGUACCGGCUCAAGGAUUUAUUUUGAAGAGACAUAGUGAUGCUGGUUAUACGACCAGUAUGUCUAGCCUAUCGUCAAACCAAUCACAGUCACCAAAAAUGUAUUCUAAUUACAAUAAUACUCUGCUUAGCCCCCAAACACAUGCUGCAACUAAGAAUUUUUCACGUUGGAGUACUAGCCGCUUAAAUGGAUCAAAUUCAAAUAGUACAUCUCCUUGUAGUUCCACGCGAUCAUCGUUUAACUAUCGUCAACCAUAUUUGGGUUGGAGAUCUCAGGAAAAAUUGUCCAAACCUAGAACACCAGCCGAACGACUUGCUGCUGGAUUACUUGCUCAACAACAACAUGAACCGACUUGUCAAACAAGCUUAUCUGAAGUACAGUCAUCAAUUAAAGAAGUGACAUCAGCUAUAGCCAACUAUGUAUCAUCAUCAACACCGGAUGGAAGUAAAGAAAGGUUGAAUACUGAUCAAGAUACACCAUCUAGAUGCCCGUCUUUCAAAGGUAGCACAGGUCGAUUAUGUUGGCUGGAAAGUUCAUUUGUUGGCAACAAGCGUCCCAGUCUAACAAGAGAUACACCGCCAUCAGAAUUAAGCACACCACCGUCACAUCGAAAGGCUACGCCUAUCAGACAAACUCAAAACAAUGGCAGUUGGGUCAACGAUCGGCCGAGUCCCGGUUCGACGACCAUGGACGACGUCCUAAACUCGUUGUUAGGGUUGCAGUUCCAAGGGACGACCGCUAAUAACGCUAGGUAUCACCACCACCUACCCCACCAACAGCAUCGCGGUAGCGAUGCCCACGAAAGCAGCGGUGGGGACCUUAGACGAAGGCCCUACGCUGCUUCAGUUUCAGGUAACGCUUCGGCGGCUGUGGCACAUGCAGCAGCAGCAACGCCCCCAAAAAAGCAACAUCAAGCGGGUCCUCUGCCGGGUGUUUCUGCCGGAUCGAUCCGUUGCCGGUACUCGGAGUGCCAACUGUCGGCCACCGUUUCCGAGGCCCGGCGCACGUACAAGAUGUGCCACAACUGCAAUCACAUGUACUGCUCGAGGCGCUGCAGGCGCGCGCACUGGCAGAACCACCGGAAAACGUGCCUGAACCGGCGCACGGCCGUACUGUGCCCGUCCAUCGUGGACGCGAUCAGGACGAACGACCGGUGCGUCGAGCGGCUGUCGACGAUCGCCCGGCGCGGUUACCUGACGCACGGCCGCGGGGCGGUCAAGUGCUAUUUUUCGGGCGUCGAGCUGGCCGACAAGUUCGUGCGGGGCGGCGGCAGCGACAUGCAGUGCGAACCGGUGUACGCCAAGUGGACCGACAUCGACCCGGAGCUGGACGCACUCGGACAGCUGUGCAAGACGUACAACCCGGACACGCGGUACGUGCUGCACGUGUCCGUGUGCGUGUUAAGCGAGGUGCCCGGCCCGGGACCGGUGCAGUGGGAGCGGCACUUGGUGUACAAGUGCGUCAAGAUGCACCUGGACAAGAGUCUGCGCGCCGCCGCCCCCGCGCAAUCUGCGGCCGCCGAGGCCUCUGAACCGGCCGCGGACGACGGUGGCGGCGGCCCGGACACCCUGAUACUGACCUCGUUGCCGGGACGUGACCAGCGGGACGUGCGCACCUCCCGCCGCGUGUGCUUCGUCAAUGUGCAGCGGCACCUCCGGCAGAGGGGCGUCGAGCUCCGGCACCAGUUCCCGGACGUGCACCGGAAGCUGUGCGAGUACGUGGACGGUGGCCCGGACGUGACGUUCACGCCGGUCACGGUGUACCCGCGGGACAGGGCGUCCGGCAAGACGUUCAUGUGCAUCAUCAUGCCGGACACGGAACCCGAGAAGCUGAGUCUGUUGCCCGGGGACAGCGCCAGGGUGCAGACCAUCGACGUUGGUCAAGAGUCCGCCGCCGCCGCCGCCGCCACUGAUCCGCAGUAAUCUAUCCACCGUCGUUCGAUUUACACGGUUGCCGUAGGGGGAGGGAGGGGGGAGGGGUGUCCGCGCGUUGAGUUCCCUCUAUCGUACUUGCGGUGCACUCGUUUGCGGACCGCCCUUAGACGUUCACAUCGUCGUCGGGGGUGCAGGUGAUUCGGAUCGAUUCGGGCAAUUAGUAUAGAUGCCCAUAUAAUAAUAUUAUGAUUUUGCGAUUAUGUUCGACUUUUGAAAUAUUUACACGUAUAUUGUUACACGCAACGGGUCGUGCGAAUUAUACUAGCUGUCACCGCAGGUCGCGUUGGGUAUAACUAUAUCGAUGAUCAACAGUUGUAUUCCUAAUUUGGCGUAUAAACACCACAAUAAUUGUCUGUGGCUCUCCAACAACACUGUAAUUUGCAUCGCGCCGCAGUAUGAUCGUAUUAAAAAAAAUAAUUAAUUAGAAAGGAGAAUGUAUUAAUACCCUAUAUAGGCUACGUAUAGUUGUUAUUGGCCGGGACAAACGUGGCGUUAAUACGUUACAUAUAUUGUCCUAAUUUAACAAUUGACAAUUUAUUAGGAUAUCUACAAUGUAGGUACCUAUAUAUUAUAUGAUAUGCAUAUUUUGUUUUAUUAUUAUUAUUAUUUAUAAUGUUUGCCUCUAUUUACUAGUUAUUUUAUCAAUCAUGUUAUUCGUUAUUUUAUUAUUAUUACUAUUAUUGUUAUUACAUUUAUACAUACAAUAUUAUACAUACCUAUAUUGGCUAUUACCUACCUACCU